CUCCCUCCUCGGUCAGAGGGACAGAGCGAGAAGAUGGCGAAGACGUACGAUUAUCUCUUCAAGCUGUUGCUGAUCGGAGACUCGGGGGUGGGCAAGACCUGCCUGCUGUUCCGCUUCUCCGAGGACGCUUUCAACACCACCUUCAUCUCCACCAUCGGAAUUGACUUUAAAAUAAGAACAAUAGAGCUGGAUGGAAAGAAAAUCAAACUGCAGAUCUGGGACACAGCUGGCCAGGAAAGAUUCAGAACAAUCACAACAGCAUAUUACAGAGGAGCCAUGGGAAUUAUGCUGGUAUAUGACAUCACUAAUGAAAAAUCUUUUGAAAAUAUUAAAAACUGGAUAAGAAACAUUGAAGAGCAUGCUUCUUCUGAUGUUGAAAGAAUGAUCCUGGGCAACAAAAGUGAUAUGAAUGACAAACGACAAGUAUCAAAAGAAAGAGGAGAAAAGUUAGCAAUUGAUUAUGGAAUUAAAUUCCUUGAGACAAGUGCAAAAUCCAGCAUAAAUGUAGAAGAGGCAUUUUUUACACUUGCACGGGAUAUAAUGACAAAACUCAACAGAAAAAUGAAUGACAGCAAUUCACCGGGGGCAGGAGGACCAGUGAAAAUAACAGAAAAUAGAUCGAAGAAGAGCAGUUUCUUCCGCUGUACACUCCUUUGAUAAACUCUUAAUAAUGGACUACAGCACACCUAGAAGAACCUUUCCUGCUUUUCUGAAAGCACAGGGUCACAUAGCCCCAGAGACACAAUACCACCAAGCUGCCACUGAGAGCUCCGUGGAACUCAGAUUUCUUUAAACAAAAUACAACAUGGAUUAUGGCCAUGUGGCCUUUCAGCUGGUCAGGCUCUUUUCCUCAAACAUGGAAGCGGUGAAGUGGAGACACACGCAGGAGUUAACUUUUUGUUUGUUUUCUUGCCUGUUGCAAAAGCUGCUAUCUUUCUUUUAACUUUGCACAUCAGUGUUAGUCCUUGCCUGUUACAGCACAAUCAUACACUUGUAUUUGCACAGUUUUGUCUUGUGAAGUUCUUAACAGAUUUGUGCAUUUUCAGGGAAGUUUACAAAAGAGAAAUUUUUAAAUUUACACAAAUUCAGAGACUUCAUCUGGUUUAUAAGGACAAAUAUAAUUUGUAGUAUGUGCUUUGAGGGGCUCUAGUCUUAUGUAAAUUUCUUAAAAAGAAAAGUUAAUGCUAAUGAGGUUUGUUUUUUUUUUUAAUUCAAGAAAAUGCAGUGGUCUGUACCAAGGCUACUACUUUUUCCUCUCUUCAGAAUGUAGGGCUUUGCUUCAUUCUUGUCUAUUUGACCCCACAGGUAUUGGGAGUAGCUAAGAGUAUAAUUUUCUAAAUUUAUAUCCUUUCUUCUUAGUUUGUAAAAACUGCUCUAAAUCACUUUUACUUGACUGUUCUAAAAAUAUUUGAUGCAGUAUGGUAUAAUGGAUGAAGGUUCAGCCUCAAAGUCAGGAAGACCUAAGCUCAAGUUCUGUGGGACUUACAUAGGACUGUAUGCCCAUAAGGAAUCAUUUUACCUUCUAGUCAGUGCCCCAGAUUACAGACAAGUUGCUAAUUCUUAUUUGUGGGGGGAGUUUCUCCAAGGGAGUUCUCUACGGGUGACCACACCUGACUGCACCCCAGUACACUUUCCUCUUCUCCCAGUUUUUUUCCUUAGUGUCCUCUUCCCUUCUCCCUUGUCUUAGCUCCUUACUUUCUUU